AUGCUGGAGGAGGCGGGCGAGGUGUUGGAGUCGGUGCUGAAGGCCUCAUGCCUGCCGCUCAGCUUCCUGCUGUUCGUGCCUGCUGUGCUCCUGCUCCUGGGCCCGCCGCCGGCCGCCGAGGCCGCCCACGAGUUCACGGUCUACCGCAUGCAGCAGUACGAGCUGGGCGGGCAACCCUACGGCACCAGGAGCGCGGUGCUGAACACCGAAGCUCGCACUGUAGAAGCAGACGUCCUGAGCCGCCGCUGCGUCAUGAUGCGGCUGGUGGAUUUCUCCUAUGAGCAGUACCAGAAGGCUCUCCGCCAGUCAGCUGGGGCUGUGGUGAUCAUCUUGCCACGAUCCAUCUCUUCUGUCCCACAGGAUGUUGUAAGGCAAUUCAUGGAGAUAGAGCCAGAAAUGCUGGCUAUGGAAACCAUCGUGCCAGUCUACUUCGCGGUGGAAGAUGAAGAGCUGCUGUCCAUCUAUGAACAAACGCGAGCUGCUUCCGCCUCACAGGGCUCUGCCUCUGCUGCAGAAGUUCUGCUGCACACAGCAACUGCCAAUGGCUUCCAGAUGGUGACCAGUGGGGCUCAAAGCAAAGCUAUCAAUGACUGGCUCAUACCCAGUGUGGAGGGAAGGCUGACAGGGCUUGGUGGAGAAGACCUGCCCACUGUUGUGAUUGUUGCCCACUAUGAUUCUUUUGGAGUGGCUCCAUGGCUGUCACAUGGUGCUGACUCCAAUGGCAGUGGAAUCUCAGUGCUGCUGGAACUGGCCAGGCUGUUCUCCCGGCUCUACACCUACAGACGUACCCAUGCUGCGUAUAACCUGCUCUUCUUUGCAUCUGGAGGUGGCAAGUUUAAUUAUCAAGGAACCAAACGGUGGCUGGAAGACAAUUUGGACCACACUGAUUCCAGCCUGCUGCAGGACAACGUAGCAUUUGUUCUCUGCCUUGAUACUCUGGGCCGGGACAAUAGUCUUCAUCUCCAUGUCUCAAAGCCUCCCAAGGAGGGGACCUUGCAGCAUGCAUUUCUGAGAGAACUGGAGAUGGUUGUCACCAGCCAGUUCCCAGAGGUGAAGUUCUCCAUGGUGCACAAGAAGAUAAACUUGGCUGAGGACAUGCUGGCCUGGGAGCACGAGCGGUUUGCAAUCCGCCGCUUGCCAGCCUUCACCAUCUCCCACCUGGAGAGCCACCGGGACAGCCUGCGCAACAGCAUCAUGGACAGGAGGGCACGAAUAGACACUAAGGCACUAACCAGGAAUACCAGGAUCAUUGCUGAGGCUCUGACAAGGGUCAUCUACAACCUAACAGACAAGGGAGCACCCCCAGAUCUGCAGAUCUUCACAGAUCAGAUGCAGAUCCAACAGGAGCAACUAGAAUCAGUAAUGGACUGGCUAAGCAGUCAGCCCAGGGCUGCCCAGCUGAUUGACAAAGACAGCACCUUCCUCAACACCUUAGAGUAUUGCAUGGGUCGGUACCUGAAGGAUGUCAAACAGCAUCAUGUAAAGGCAGACAAACGGGACCCCGAGUUUGUUUUCUAUGACCAGCUGAAGCAGGUGAUGAAUGCAUACAGGGUCAAGCCAGCAAUCUUUGACCUCCUUUUGGCUGUCUGUAUUGCAGCCUACCUUGGUGUUGCCUAUGUUGCAGUGCAGCACUUUGGUCUCCUUUACAAGAUGAUCCAGAGAUUAUCCCUGAAAACCAAGCAACAGUGAAGCAAAGAGCCAUCACCCAUGCACCAAGCAGCUUUGAGCCAUCGGUGAGCCCAUCAA